AUGACGAACCCAACAGAACGUACCUUGCCGGCCAACUCGAUGGUUGAGAGCCACGAGCGGGAGUUUGGCUGCACAGUAAUGGACCUGCGGAAGCUCAUGGAGCUACGUUCGACCGACGCAAUCAACCAGAUCAACGUCCACUACGGGGGUGUAACGAAUCUCUGCAGUAGACUGAAAACCAACCCCGUGGAAGGUCUGUCUGGGAACCCUGCGGACCUGGAGAAACGUAAGCAUGUGUUCGGACAGAACUUUAUCCCCCCCAAAAAGCCCAAGACCUUCUUAGAACUAGUGUGGGAAGCCCUCCAAGAUGUCACACUCAUCAUCCUGGAGAUUGCAGCCAUCAUCUCCCUCGUCCUGUCCUUCUAUCGGCCCCCCGGUGAAGAAAAUGAACAGUGUGGUCUACCCGUAAGUAGCCCGGAAGAUGAAGGAGAGGCAGAAGCCGGCUGGAUUGAGGGGGCAGCCAUCCUGUUCUCCGUGAUCAUCGUGGUGCUGGUGACUGCCUUCAAUGAUUGGAGCAAAGAGAAGCAAUUCCGGGGGCUGCAGAACCGCAUCGAAAAGGAACAGAAAUUCUCCGUGAUCCGAAAUGGUCACAUCAUCCAGCUCCCCGUGGCUGAGAUCGUGGUGGGUGACAUCGCCCAAAUCAAAUAUGGUGACCUACUGCCCGCAGAUGGGAUCCUGAUCCAGGGGAACGAUCUCAAGAUUGACGAGAGCUCUCUGACUGGGGAAUCAGACCAUGUCAAGAAGUCUGUGGAAAGGGACCCAAUGCUGCUCUCAGGGACCCAUGUCAUGGAAGGUUCUGGCCGGAUGGUAGUGACGGCUGUGGGUAUCAACUCUCAGACUGGAAUCAUCUUUACCCUUUUGGGAGCCAGCGAGGGAGAAGAGGAAGAGAAGAAGAAAAAAGGUAAAAAACAAGGAGUCCCUGAAAAUCGCAACAAAGCAAAAACUCAGGAUGGGGUGGCCCUGGAAAUCCAGCCACUCAACAGCCAGGAGGGGACCGACAACGAGGAGAAGGAGAAGAAGGCGGCCAAGCUGCCCAAAAAGGAGAAGUCGGUGCUGCAGGGCAAGCUGACGCGCUUGGCUGUUCAGAUCGGGAAAGCUGGCCUCAUCAUGUCUGCCAUCACGGUUCUCAUCCUGAUCCUGUACUUUGUGAUUGACAACUUCGUGAUCCACCGCAGAGCGUGGCUGCCCGAGUGCACUCCCAUCUACAUCCAGUACUUUGUCAAGUUCUUCAUCAUCGGCAUCACUGUGCUGGUGGUGGCUGUGCCAGAGGGGCUGCCGCUGGCUGUCACCAUUUCCCUGGCCUACUCCGUGAAGAAAAUGAUGAAAGACAAUAACCUGGUGCGGCACCUGGAUGCUUGUGAGACAAUGGGCAACGCCACAGCCAUUUGCUCUGAUAAGACCGGCACGUUGACCAUGAACCGCAUGACCGUGGUACAGGCUUAUAUUGGAGACACCCAUUACCAUCAGAUCCCGAGCCCUGAUGUCCUCCUGCCCAAGGUCCUGGACCUUAUUGUCAAUGGCAUUUCUAUCAACAGUGCCUAUACCUCCAAGAUUCUGCCUCCGGAGAAGGAGGGAGGUCUGCCGCGGCAGGUGGGCAGCAAGACCGAAUGCGCUCUGCUGGGCUUUGUCACAGACCUGAAGCAGGAUUACCAUGCGGUGCGCAAUGAGGUGCCCGAGGAGAAGCUCUACAAGGUGUACACCUUCAACUCGGUGCGCAAAUCCAUGAGCACGGUCAUCGAGAAGCCCAGCGGGGGCUACCGCAUGUACAGCAAGGGCGCCUCGGAGAUUAUCUUGCGCAAGUGCAAUCGAAUCCUGGACAAGAAAGGGGAAGUGGUGCCGUUCAAGAACAAGGACCGAGAUGAGAUAGUGCGCACUGUCAUCGAGCCCAUGGCCUGUGAGGGCCUCCGAACUAUCUGCAUAGCUUACCGGGAUUUCAAUGACGGAGAGCCCCCGUGGGACAACGAGAGCGAGAUCCUCACCGAACUGACCUGCGUCGCGGUGGUGGGCAUUGAGGACCCCGUGCGCCCAGAGGUCCCAGACGCUAUCGCCAAAUGCAAACAAGCUGGCAUCACUGUCAGAAUGGUGACCGGUGACAACAUCAACACAGCCCGGGCCAUCGCCACCAAAUGUGGCAUUGUCACACCUGGGGAUGACUUCUUGUGCUUAGAAGGCAAAGAGUUCAACCGACUUAUCCGCAACGAGAAGGGCGAGGUGGAGCAAGAGAAGCUGGACAAGAUCUGGCCUAAGCUUCGAGUCUUGGCGCGAUCGUCCCCCACUGACAAGCACACCCUGGUAAAAGGCAUCAUCGACAGCACUGUUGGGGAACAGCGACAGGUGGUGGCUGUCACUGGCGAUGGCACGAAUGAUGGGCCGGCCCUAAAGAAAGCAGAUGUUGGCUUUGCCAUGGGUAUCGCAGGCACGGAUGUGGCAAAGGAGGCAUCAGACAUCAUCCUAACAGACGACAACUUCACCAGCAUUGUGAAGGCAGUGAUGUGGGGGCGAAACGUCUAUGACAGCAUCUCCAAGUUUCUGCAGUUCCAGCUCACUGUCAACGUGGUGGCCGUGAUUGUGGCCUUCACCGGAGCCUGUAUCACUCAGGAUUCCCCACUGAAAGCCGUGCAGAUGUUGUGGGUUAACCUAAUCAUGGACACUUUUGCCUCCUUGGCCCUGGCCACCGAGCCUCCUACGGAGUCUCUGUUGAAGCGUCGCCCCUAUGGCCGCAAUAAGCCUCUGAUCUCACGUACUAUGAUGAAGAACAUCUUGGGCCACGCAGUCUAUCAGCUCACUGUCAUCUUUUUCCUUGUCUUUGCCGGUGAGAAAUUCUUUGACAUCGAUAGCGGGAGGAAGGCGCCUCUGCAUUCCCCACCCAGCCAACACUACACCAUUAUUUUCAACACCUUUGUGCUGAUGCAGCUCUUCAACGAAAUCAACUCCCGCAAGAUCCACGGAGAGAGGAAUGUCUUUGCAGGCAUCUUCCGCAACCUCAUCUUCUGCUGUGUGGUCUUGGGCACGUUCAUCAGCCAGAUUCUCAUCGUGGAAUUCGGGGGUAAACCCUUCAGUUGCACGAAGCUCACCCUGUCUCAGUGGUUUUGGUGUCUCUUCAUUGGCAUCGGAGAACUGCUGUGGGGCCAGAUAAUCUCCUCGAUACCUACGCAAUCCCUGAAGUUCCUGAAGGAGGCCGGGCAUGGCACCACGAAAGAGGAGAUCACCAAGGACGCGGAGGGGCUGGAUGAGAUUGACCACGCGGAGAUGGAGCUGCGCCGAGGCCAGAUCCUCUGGUUCCGGGGCCUGAACCGCAUCCAGACUCAGAUCGACGUAAUUAACACAUUCCAGACGGGAGCCUCUUUUAAGGGAGUCCUAAAGCGACAGACCAUGGGUCAACACCUUGAUGUAAAACAUGUUCCUAGCUCAUCCUAUAUCAAAGUGGUCAAAGCGUUCCAUAGUUCCCUCCACGAAAGCAUUCAGAAACCCAAGAACCAAAACUCCAUCCACAACUUCAUGACCCACCCUGAAUUCGCCAUAGAUGAAGAGGUGCCACGAACACCACUCCUGGAUGAGCAUGAGGAGGAAGAUCUCGAACAGGCUCCUAAGGCUGGGACUAGGGUGCUCCUGUUGGAUGGUGAGGUCACCCCAUAUGCCAACAAGAACAACAAUGCGGUGGACUGCAGCCAAGUGCACAUCGUUGCCUCCCAUGCGGACAGCCCUCUACACAGCCUGGAGACAUCAGUUUGA